GUGAGAUCGACGGAGGAAAAAUGAGCCGACAUCGUUGUGUUGCGUGCCACAUCCAGGAGCCCGGAAUGAUUGCAAUCUAUCAGCAUCCGCGGGGCGUCGAUCGAAUCUGGACAUACGUGACCGGCAUUAUAGUUAAAUCAAAAGAUCAGCUCUGCAUACCGUGCUACGAUGAGCUGCGUGUGGCACAUCGUUUUAAGGAAAAGUGCAUACACAAUAACAUUAACCGACUAGGGCUCAUGAAAAAGCGACCCUCAGUUGUUCACGUUCAGCAUGAACUACCGACAAGCGAUGAUUCCAUUCCAGCCGAACCACCACCCGUCCAUUCGGAGGACCUUAGAAUGCCAAAUGAAGUGUGCCUUGAAGUGCAGCCACAAGCUAGCAGCGAGAAGCCGACGACGGGAAUGAGGAUGGAUGUCUUCAUCAAAGCCGAACCAGUGCCCCAGGAAGAGGACCGCCAGGGGGACGAAGCCGUUCCAAGAAGACCGCAAGAAGAUUGCACUCCGUUGCCGGUAACGGCGGUGGCUGGUGUGGAGCAAAACCAAAGUGGCCACGACGCGGCCCCACCAGACGAGGUGAAAAUGGAAGUGGAAUUGUCACUGGACGACAUUGGACUGAGGGGCGAACCGUACGAUAGCAGCACCGACGACGAAGAUGGCGAGCGAGAGGACGAUGCCAAUGAGGGCAGGGGAGAGGAGAAUGCAUUUAACCAUCCCGACACAGCAACACAACAUCCAUGUGGUCAGUGUGAACUGAUCUUCUUUUCCCGGGCCGCCCAGAAGCAGCACCAGCAGAAGGAACACAAGAAAAUACGCCGCGACAUUACGAACGCCGUCAAGUACCGGCGAGUGCUGUCGGGGAAAAUCAACGCACUAAUGUGCCGCUACUGCUAUCGGGAGUUUGGCGAACCGGACGCCAAGGCAGCACACGAGGAGACCCACCUGAACGAUCCGAAACCGUUCCAAUGUUCUUAUGCCGACUGCAACCGGCUGUUUCAGCAUCGCUCGGCACUGAACCGACACUUCUACACGCACGUCACGCCCAAGCGGUUUAAGUGUAGCGUAUGCCCGAAACGAUUCCACCAGCACAGCUCGAUGGUGGUACACGAGCGACAGCAUCGGGGCGAUCGGCCGUACAUCUGUCCACAGUGCGGCAAAGGUUUCACGCACGUAUCGAACGUGAAGCGGCACAUUCGGUUCCACAACGGGGAGAAGCCUUAUCAGUGUGGCAAAUGUCCAGCGCGGUUCACCACCAGCACGGAUCUCCGGAGGCACAUGAAUAGCCGGCGGUGUAUGACAGGGUCGAUUAAGGCAGCAAAUAGGAUCACGGAGAUCGACGAUAGUGCCGUUUACAAUGGCGACGCAAGCCUUCCUAAUUGUAAUAUAUAAGAU